AUGUAAUUAGAAGAUGCAUAACAAUUUGAUUUAAAUAUAAAUGAUUUUAAUAAUCUAUCUUUUUUAACUGGUUAAGCUUUAUCUAUAAUAUCAAAUAUAAGUCCAGAAAAUUAAGGAAAAUUAGAACAAUAAAUAACAAAAGAAUUUAAAACAUUUUUUGGAUAUAAAAAUGAUGAAACAAAUUUAACACAUAUUAAAUAAUUAAUGCCAUCUAAAUUUGCAGAAGUUCAUUCUGGAUUAGUUGAAAAUUUCUUUUUUAAAGGAUAAAGUGAUAGAAUUAAUAAUGCAUCUAUUGCAUUUAUUUUAAAUUAAAAAAAUUUAAUUGAAUAAAUCAAACUAUGUUUAAGUUAUUUUUUCCCUGUUGAUUUAAGAGACACAUCUUUUUACAUGAUUGCACAUGUUUAGAAAACAUCAAAAUAAGAUUAAGAUAUUCAUGAUGAAAAUUUAACAGGUUAUUUUUUAAUUGAUAAAGAAUUUAAUAUUUUUGGAAUGACUUAAAACAUUUAUAAGAAAUUAAAUUAUAGAUAUUAUUUUAAAAAUGAUGUUAAUGCUAAUUUAAUUCCUCCUUAAUAAUUUUAUAAUGAUCACAAUAUUUUUUCAUUAAUACCAUCAUUUUAAUAGAAAUUAUAAAAUUAUUAUGAAAGAUAACCUAAUGGAAGUUUGAGAGAUAAUGAUAUAAUCUUUAUCAAAGAGAGAGGUUUAUUAAAAUUAGAUUUUCAUAAAUAAGAAUAAGAACAUUCUGCUUCAAAAUAAUUCAAUAAGAAAUUCUCAUUUACUAAAUUUACAAAUAAACAAAUUUUGAGUUAAAUGCUUGACAAAAGUAGUGAACUAAUAAACUUUUAGAGUAAUGAAAAUAUUAAAUAUUUUCCAAUUGAAUAUACUGUUACUUAAAAAAUCUUACAUGCUUAUAAUCUAAAUAAUAAAAUAGAUCCAUUUUUAUAUUAUUUGAUUGAAAUUGAAAUGUUAGAAGAUUUUAAAAAGAUAUAAGAUUUAAACAAUAGUACUAAUAAAUUUUUAAAAAAUAAUAAUAAUAAGAAACAAUAAUCACCUUAAAAAAUUGAAACAUAAAGAUAAACUACUGCUUAAUUGUUUUAAUUUGAAGCUAUCAAUUUUGUAACUAGUGAUCAUUUAAUUUCAUAAAAUGGUGAUAAGGAAGCCCUUGCAAAAGAAUCUCCUUAAGAAAAAUAGAAAUAAAAAUAAAAGUAAAAGAUUUUAUAAAAAGGACUCAUUCCAAUAUAAAAUGAUGCCUAAAGUUAAAAGUCAUCAAUAAUGAAUAUCCCUAAUAAAGUUCAUAAAUUUGUUGAAUUUCUUCAAACAAAUAAAUAUCCAUCUAUAUUUCAUGGAAUAUUUGGAUUAAUUAUAGCUCAUUUUCUUAUAGUAAUAUUUUAUAUUAGCAUUACAUCUGUUUUAUUUCAUGAAAAAAAAGAAAUUCAAUCAAAUUGCAUAAUUUAUACAUUUAGUGAUGUUGAUUAUUUUAAUGGUUUUAGUUUAAUUUUAUCUGGAUCAAGACAUACAAUAUUUAAUUCAAAUUAUUUCAGUAUAUUAUAACCACUUAUUUUAAAAGUGGAUAAUAAAUCAUUAAAAUUAACAAGUAAGGAUUGUAUAAUUAUUUCAUGGCAUUUAUUAAUGUCAGGAUAAUAAGAUCUUGUUGGAAAAUAUGAAAACUAUUCAUAAAUAUUAUUAGAAUAUGAAUAAAAAUAGAUUACAUAUUAUUAUCCUGAUUAUUCUAAUUCAAAAAUCUUAAGUUAAGUAUUACUUGAUUAAGCUACAUAUUAUACUACUAUGUACCUUUAAUUUUAUUUUACUUAUCGAAGCAUUUUAUCAUUGAAUGCUUAUUUAUCUGGUGGAAAUGACAAUAUAUUUUUGUAAUUAAAUUAUUUAAAUUUAGAGUGAGAAAUAGAUAUAUACUUUAUUUUAAUUAUUAAGAUGCCAUUGAAUUAACAGAAGAUUCAAUUUAAUCAUGUUAUGAUUAUAAUAAUGAUGCAAAUAAAUACUUUGAUUAAUUAACUUAAUUAUGGUUUAUAAUUUUGUAUAUAGUAGCAAUAUUAAUUUUAAUUUUCCACAUUGUAACUCUUCUUAAAAUUAAAAAAGUAAUACAAAUUUAUUUAAAAUAAUUUAUUCAAAUAGAUUUUGAGGAAAGUUAAAUUAUAAUAAAAUAAUUUGAAAAUAUGUUACAAAAUUUAAAAUAAGAAAAUAUUUUAUUGAAAUAUUAAGAUUUUGAAGUUAUUAAAUAGAUUCCAUCUAAUAUAUUUUAAGUUUUAUAAUAAUAAGAAACUAAAACAACUUUAUAAGAUGAAAAUGAAAUUAAUUCUAAUCGUAAAAAAAGAGUAACAUCAAUUAAUGCAAAAAAAAUAAACUUUGCUACUCCAUCUUUUUCAAUUAGAAAAUAUCUUUUAUUAUAUAUAUUUUUGAUGUUACUUAAAAUAUCCUUUUCAGUUGUAUUUUAGAUUUAUUAUGAUUACUUAUCUUCUGGAAUUGCACCAGCAGCUUAAAGAGAAUUAGAAUCAUAAAAAAUGAGGUUAGAUUUCAUUAUGACAAUAAAUAUGUGGGAUACUUAUCUUUUAAAAUAAUUUUAUAAUGCUUCUUAACAUUUAGUAAAUACUAGUUCUAUAUUUAGUUAUACAAAUUAAAAUAUAAAAAAUAACUAAAAGUUAUUCAAUUUAUUAGAAAUUGAUAAAAAUUCUUUAUUAGAAAAAAUAAAAAUUAUUCAAGCUUAUGAUUUAACUGAUUUUCUAUAUCAUAAUUCAGAUGAAUAAAAUUAGAAUUUAUUAAUUUCUGAAUCUAAUAAAUAAAUCUUAUUAGGAUAGGAUGUUUGUUUAUUGACUAAUUGUAAUAUGAUAAAUGAUUUAUUUCAUGAUCGUCCUCAUACUGAAUAUUUGAUAGAUUAUUAUUAAGCUGGUUUAAUAUAAUUAUUUAAGAAUGUUUUGUAAGUAAUAGUAGAAUACAAUUAUUUAAUAACAGAUGACUCUUUAACACCAGAAUAAAAAGUUGAAGGAAUUGUUCAGAUGUAUUAAUCUUUCAAUUAUUUUAUAUAUAUAUUUUAUGGAUUGGAUGCUACAUAAUAUUAGAUAUCAUAAUUUUGUAAAUAUUUUUUAGAUUAAACUUUAAAUUAAUUAGAAUAUUUAACAUCUUCAAAUAUUAUUUAUGUUUUAACUUUUGGAAUUUUAUUAAUGAUAAUUACUAUUAUUGCUGAAUGCUAUAUUUUCUUCAAUUUCAUUAAUAAAUUUGAAUUAGCUAGAGAGAGUAUUAGAUAAAUUCCACUUGAGACUUUAUUUCAAAAAGGAAUACCAAAAAAAUUGAACAAUAUUAUGAUGAAAUAUAAUUGA